AUGUCGUCCCUCGCUCUCAACGAUACCUACGCGAUAUCGGCGUUUUCUGGCCUAUGGAUCACGCAAAUAAGGUCUUUACCGUCUACGGUCCGGGGACCCAAGUACUCGAUUUUACGGCGAACCUUGGGAGCCCUAUAUCCCAUUCUCAAGAGGCGGGAUCCCGCCUGGACCAGCAAGAACCAGCCGCUGGCGAACUCGGUCAAGCUCGUACUCGAUAACAAGUCCCCCGAGAGUGUCAUGCAGGGGCAUUUUGAACUGCUGACAUACUCGGGCGCGUCAAAGUUCCCCAAGGACAAGGUCCAGGCGCAUCGGAUUAAGUAUUUCCCGGGAUUACACUUCCGAUCGAUCGAGGAGAUUCUUGACAUUGCAGGGGCACGACCAAAUGAGAUCAUCUAG